UUCUUUUUUGUGACACGUUAUCACAAAAAUUUCGGGAACUUUAUGUGUCUGAUCAUGAAACCAGUUUUUCUCUCAGUCGCCGUAUUGGCUUUGGUAGGAUGCAGUUCUGCCCAAAUACCUUUUCCACGUGGAACUUGUAGCGCGGCAAAACCUGGCAUCCCGGCAGACAUUGCGGUUCAACGAGAAGCCGCUCUACAAAACGGGAAUGAGUUCAGAAGACGACAUGGUGCUCAACCACUCACUGUGGACCCGACACUAGAAGCAGAAGCCCAAAAAUUUGCGGAACUCUUGGCGUCAAAGCAUGCAUUCAUACGUGGUCCCCGACCUGGACAGAAUUUGAUCGGAAUUCCGUGCGAUAGUGGAAGCAAACUGUACCCAUCGGAUCCCUCCAUUCCAAGUGCGGUUAGUAAGUGGUACGGAAAUUCGCGGCCAUACUGUGUUAACCCCGCCACUGCGUACGUCCCAGUGGGCGCUCCGCUCGGACAUUUUCCCACAAUGGUUUGGAAAGCAAGUGAGAAGGUUGGAUACGGCGCGGCCGUCGCGGAGAAUGGAUUAAUGGUCAUUGUCGCCAGGUAUUUUCCAGAAGCCACGGCAGAUCCCGCCGCCGUGCAGAAGAACGUUCAGUGUGAAAGGAUCCCAUAAUUUACAUAUUUACUUAUUGAACAUUCAAGAAAGUAAUGGAAUAACGGAAAUUGAAAUAUUUUAUGGAGUAUGUUUAAGUAUAUAGUAUUAUGCAAAUGCUUUAUCCAACGAUCUAUGAAUAAAUAUUCCUGCAAACAAACUUCUUCAGAA